AGCAAUAACUGUCGUCUGCUAAUAAUUAAAUGAAAGGAUAGAUAUAAAUUUACUAUAGGUUUUACAUAAUCAGCUGAAUAGUUAUUCAUUCUCAAAUUAUAAUGGCAGAAGAUAGAGGAAUUCUGAGAGAAGUAUGGGAAGGUAAAGUUCCCGUAUCAUUUACACUAUCUGCUGAAGAAGUAUCUACAUAUGAACAUCCCGAAUCAUGUUAUCUACUUGUUCCCAGACACAGCUACUUUCCGCUAUUUUUGGAUAAAUUACAAAAACAUUUUAUUAAUUACGUAAACGGUGAUGAGAGUGAUGUUUGGCUGGAAAAUACUAAUACGAAUCAACCAAUUAAAUGGCAUUAUCCCGUGGGUGUUCUUUUCGAUUUACUUAAUUCUUCACACAGUCUACCUUGGAAUCUUACUGUUCAUUUUAAAAACUUUCCAGAUUCCAUAUUCCGAUGGAAUAAUAGAGAUGCUAUAGAGUCACAUUUUAUGAGCUGUAUAAAAGAAGCUGAUGCUUUAAAACAUCUCGGAAAAGUUAUCUCCGGUAUGCAAAUACAGCAUCAUAAGCAAUUAUGGGCAGGACUCCUUAGUGACAAAUUUGAGCAAUUCUGGGCCGUUAAUAAAAAAUUGAUGGAAGGAGAUGGUGAUGAAUCGUUCAAAUCUAUUCCUUUUAAAAUUUAUCAAGGAGACAGUCGUCAUAUUCAAAAACUAUUUAAACCUCAAAACGAAAGAGGCGAUUCCAAAACGCUCAGAGAUAUGAUACAGGAAGUUGCCCCGGAAUGUUUUGAUGAGAAUGGCGAACUAAAUCAGAAAAUUAUUACACAUGGUAUUGAAAUGCCUCUAGAAAGUGAUAUUAUAUGGUUAAGCGAACACUUAAGCUAUCCUGAUAACUUCCUUCAUAUUUGCUUAAUUCCAUUAGAAUAA